AAAGCGCGAACCUGAGGACGCUUCCCACUCACCGACCCCGGACCUUGGCGCUCAGGCUCGCACAGCCGCCAUGAAUUACAUCAAUCUGCCCACCGUGCUGCCCGGCUCCCCCAGCAAGACCCGGGGCCAGAUCCAGGUGAUCCUCGGACCCAUGUUCUCAGGGAAAAGCACCGAGCUCAUGAGGAGAGUCCGGCGCUUCCAGAUCGCCCAGAACAAAUGCCUGGUCAUCAAGUAUGCCAAAGACACGCGCUAUAGCAGCAGCUUCUCCACACAUGACCGGAACACCAUGGACGCCCUGCCAGCCUGCCUGCUCCGGGAUGUGGCCCAGGAGGCCCUGGGUGCGGCUGUCAUUGGCAUCGAUGAAGGACAGUUUUUCCCUGACAUCGUGGAAUUCUGUGAAGUGAUGGCCAAUGCAGGCAAGACAGUGAUCGUGGCAGCAUUAGACGGAACUUUCCAGAGAAAGGCUUUCGGCAGCAUCUUGAACCUGGUGCCCCUGGCUGAGAGUGUGGUGAAGCUGACUGCCGUGUGUAUGGAGUGCUUCCGAGAAGCCGCCUACACCAAGAGGCUGGGCCUGGAGAAGGAGGUACCUUCUUGUGCUGCUGUCCAUGGGGCGGGAUGGGGCGGGCUUGGGCUGAGUCCUACCCUCAUGUAUCCCUUUCGUGGCCCUGUCCACCAGGUGGAGGUGAUUGGUGGAGCAGACAAGUACCACUCGGUGUGCCGCGUGUGUUACUUUAAGAAGUCCUCGGUACAGCCUGCUGGGCCAGACAACAAAGAGAACUGCCCGGUGCUGGGACAGCCUGGAGAGGCCUCAGCUGUCAGGAAGCUCUUCGCCCCUCAGCAAGUCCUACAGCACAACUCCACCAACUGAGAGGACCUGGGGCCUGCCAGCUCCUACCCCAGGUUGGAUUCUCAGAGAGCAGAGGACGGGCUGGGACUGCCGUGCCUGAUGGACAAUGUGCCCUGGAGAGGCUCACCCGCUUGUCACAGCCUUUUUUAGUUCCCUUCUUGGUUGCUGAGAUGCUUUAGCCCAGACUAGAGCCAGCGCCUGCCUGGUGGUUAGGGUUUGACAUCCAGCCAGAGGUGAGGACAAAGCCACAGGGUGUUGUGACACAGAGGUGCUGGCUUCUUCCUUCUUGGUGGCUUCCAGUCUCAAGGGCCCCGCCCCCGAGCAAGGCUUCACAACCCUCACUUUGUGCUGAAGCUUGACCCACAAUGGCCCCUAGGGCUGUCUUUACAAAGUGGUGCUGUUCUUGCCCUACUCAGAGCCCCAAGACUCAGGACUCUUGGUGAGAGCCUGUGCUUCUUGUGCUAUAGUGUAAAAUGAAUAAUUAAUAAUAUUAAAGUUUCUACUUGAGAGCAUA